CGUUCCCCGCCUCGCCGCUCCCCCGGGCGCGCAGCGGCUCUGUCCUCCCCCGGGGCAGGGAGCGGGAGGCGGCUGCCGGCAGCUCCCCGCAGCUCCCCAGCCGCCGCCGGGCCGCGGCUCCUCGGCAGCCCCGCCGCCGCCCCGCACCGCUCCGGCAUGGCUUUCGCUAAUUUCCGCCGCAUCCUGCGUCUCUCCACCUUCGAGAAGCGGCGGUCCAAGGAGUACGAGCACGUCCGCCGCGACCUGGACCCCGCCGAGGUGUGGGAGGUGGUGGGGGAGCUGGGCGACGGCGCCUUCGGCAAGGUCUACAAGGCUAAGAAUAAGGAAACCGGUGCUUUAGCGGCUGCCAAAGUCAUUGAAACAAAGAGCGAAGAUGAACUGGAGGAUUACAUGGUGGAGAUUGAAAUACUGGCGACCUGUGAUCACCGACACAUCGUCAAGCUGCUGGGAGCGUUUUAUUGGGAUGGCAAGCUCUGGAUCAUGAUCGAGUUCUGCCCAGGCGGAGCAGUGGAUGCCACUAUGCUGGAGCUGGACCGGGGCCUGACUGAACCCCAGAUUCAAGUGAUUUGCCGCCAGAUGUUGGAAGCCCUCCAUUACCUCCACAGCAAAAAGAUCAUCCACCGUGACCUGAAGGCAGGCAACGUGCUUCUCACCCAGGAUGGGGACAUCAAGCUUGCUGACUUUGGAGUGUCUGCCAAAAACAUGAAAACCUUGCAGAAGCGAGACUCCUUCAUUGGGACUCCUUACUGGAUGGCCCCGGAGGUGGUAAUGUGCGAGACCAUGAAGGACACUCCGUACGACUACAAGGCGGACAUCUGGUCCCUGGGAAUCACGCUGAUUGAAAUGGCCCAGAUUGAGCCGCCCCAUCAUGAGCUCAACCCCAUGAGAGUCCUGCUGAAGAUUGCCAAGUCUGACCCCCCCACGCUCAGCUGCCCUUCCAAAUGGUCCCUGGAGUUCAGAGACUUCCUGAAGACGGCGCUGGACAAGAACCCAGAGACCCGGCCCAGUGCUGCCCAACUGCUGGAGCAUCCCUUCGUCAGCAAGGUGACCAGCAACCGGGCCCUGCGCGAGCUGGUGGCCGAGGCCAAGGCUGAGGUGAUGGAAGAGAUUGAGGACAGUCGAGAUGAAGCGGAAGAAGAUGACUCGUCGGAGUCUGCCUCGCCCCCUGGUAAGCACAAGCGGGACCCCUCUGAGGCGAGUCAGCUGAGUUUUGAUGGGGAGAAGCCUCCGGACUCUUCCUUGGCCAAGGCAGCGAAUGGGCCUGUGGAGACUGGCAAGGAGACCACAGAUGGACAGAGCGAUAAAGUCUCAGAUGAAGGCAUAAGCAGUGACAAUGACAAAUUGGAGAGCAAUCAGUCCACAAAAACUAGCUCUACCACCUUGGCCACCCAGGGCAAGCCAGACAUCAUCUCGCAGCCUGGACGGUUGGGUAACUCAACGGAAGGGGACAAGCAGCCCAAGCCAGGCAGCAGGGAGCGAAAAAGCAUCGGGGAGCGACCGGAGAGCAGCCACCUGGAGAACUUCAUGGAGGAGAAGCUUGCCAAUGGGAACUUGGAUUCCCCGGCUCUGUUCCCCGGCAGCCGGUCCAAAGGGGAUUCGGAUUCUGGCAGCACUUCAGCCUCUGAAAGCAUGGACCUCACCAUCUCUCUGUCUGCUGACCUGUCCCUCAACAGAGAGAGCGGCUCCAUCUCCCUGAAGGAUUCCCAGAUGCACAAGAAGACGCUGAAGCGCACUCGCAAGUUUGUGGUGGAUGGAGUAGAGGUGAGCGUCACCACCUCGAAGAUCAUCAGCGAGGAUGAGAAGAAGGAUGAAGAGAUGAGAUUUCUCAGGCGCCAGGAGCUGCGGGAGCUGCGUCUCCUUCAGAAGGAGGAGCACCGAAACCAGGCCCAGCUCAACAGCAAACACCAGCUGCAGCUGGAGCAGAUGCUCAGGCGCUUUGAGCAAGAAAUGACGGCAAAGAAGAAGUUCUAUGACACUGAACUGGAAAACCUCGAACGGCAGCAGAAGCAGCAGAUUGAGAAGAUGGAACAAGAUCACUCACUGCGCCGGCGGGAGGAGGCCAAGCGCAUUCGCCUGGAGCAGGAGCGGGACCACGUCAAAUUCCUGGAGCAGCUAAAGCAGAUGAAGAAGGAGGUCAAGAACGAGGUUGAGAAGCUGCCACGGCAACAGCGCAAAGGGAACAUGAAGGUGAAGAUGGAUGACUUCGCCCAGAAAAAACAAACCAUGGAACAGGAGUUUUUGGCCAAGCAGAAGGAGGACCUGGAGCUAGCCAUGAAGAAUAUAACUGCCCAGAACAAAAAAGAGAUCUGCGACAAGGAACGCGAGUGCCUGAACAAAAAGCAGCAGCUCAUGAGAGAUCGGGAGGCAUGCAUCUGGGAUCUUGAAGAGCAUCAGCAACAGGAGAAACACCAGCUUAUCAAGCAGCAGCUAAAGGACCAGUAUUUCCUCCAGAGGCAUGAGUUGCUCCGGAAGCAUGAGAAGGAAAGGGAGCAAAUGCAACGAUACAACCAGCGCAUGUUAGAGCAGCUGAAAAUUCGGCAGCAGCAGGAGAAAGCCCGGCUCCCCAAAAUCCAGCGGAGCGAAGGGAAGACGCGCAUGGCCAUGUACAAGAAGAGCCUUCACAUCCACUCCAGUGGGAGUGCAUCCGAGCAGCGGGAGAAGAUAAAACAGUUUGCUCAGCAAGAAGAGAAGAGGCAAAAAGCAGAGCGGCUGCACCAGCAGCAGAAGCAUGAGACGCAGAUGAAGGACAUGCAGGCCCAGUGUGAGAGCAACACGAACGAGCUCCAGCAGCUGCAGAAUGAAAAGUGUCACCUCUUGAUUGAGCAUGAAACACAGAAGCUUAAGUCCCUGGAUGAGAAUCACAACCAGCACAUGAAGGAGUGGCGAGACAAGCUGAGGCCACGGAAGAAGGCCCUGGAGGAUGAGCUGAACCAGAAGAAACGUGAGCAGGAGAUGUUCUUCAAGCUGAGCGAGGAGGCGGAUGGACAGACGCCAGCAUCCCCAACCAAACACGCCAAGUUCGUCCCGUUCAGCUCGGCAGAGAGCUCGUAACAGCCUGCAGCUGGCAGGCCACCAGCUGAUACUUGCUGUGUCCUCCUGGGCUGCAGGUGGGCAACUUGACUUGGAAGAUCCUCUUGGCAGCCUCUUCUUACAACAGCACCCUUCUGUCCCCUUGUGUCUGGGAUACAUGUGGCUUCUGUCCUGCACUGGGGGAUGCUGACUGGAAGUCUUGGUGGCUUUUCCAGGAGCUGGCCUGCUCAGCACAGCUCCACGCUGGGAAGCCAGGCAGGACCCUUUCUGCGAUCGCACUUGCACUGUUAGCUGGAUGCGUCACCUCGUGAGCCUGGUGCUCACCAGGCUUGUCAACUCAGACUGAAGCAAUAAAACUGCUCUGAACAGGAGAAACAGGCGAUGGCUCCUGCCCUCUGCGCAGGGGUUAUUGGCCUCUCUCUCCACUGUGGCUGCUUCUCCUCCCGGUCCUCUGUAAGAACUAGUCUGGGACAGAGCAGCUUUGGCAUUACCUUAGGCUAACCUUGGCCUUGUGGCCUGCCACCACUUGCCUUAGAUUUAUUUCUACCUACUGUGGCCCUUUUUUGCUCAAGGGAAAGACAGUGAUUUGGAUUUUUUUUUGCCUUUGAGGAGGGAGGGUUGGGUUUUUUCUUUCCUCUUCCUCCCCAUACAGACUAUGCAAAAAGGGCACUGGCUGGACGUCCUUCCAAAGAUGCUUCUGCUUCUUUAUUUGCCAUGAUUGCUGGCACCACAGUCCCUCUGGCACCGAGCUAACACUAUCUUAUCAGAGACUGGACUAUGGCAUAAUUAAACUGUUCAGCUGGCUGCAGGCUUUUGUCUCUUGAAGAAGCGUGUGUGUACGUGCAAGGGGGAGGUUUGUAACAGUGCUCAGUCCUGCGCCGACACAGUGAGGUAUCGGUCACGGCCAAGUGCCUUCUGGGAAGAACAAGUGAGGGGCCGAAGGGUGUUAUUGCCGGAGCUCUCAUGAUCAUACAUGUGCUUGAGAUUUUUUUUUUUCCUAAGUGCUGGGCCACAUGGGUAAGCCAGCAGUCAGGGUUAUGGGCUGCAAAGCAUCAUUUGGAAAGAAUAAAGGAGUCUUGAAACAAGGGAUGCAAGGGAAGAAGAGAUGCAAAAACAGGUCACAGUGACUUGUUACUCUCAGCAUCACUUCCUCCACUAAUGUUUCAUCUCCUUAUGAUGUGCCACAGUUUCUUGGAUGAUUCUCCUCAGCUUAGAGUCGCGCAGCAGAGCGGUGGCAGGCCCAGCCCUCUGUCCUUUCUGCUCCAUGGUGAUGUCUCGGUUGGGCUGCCCUUCCCCACCUGCACAAGGCAGUGCUGGGCUGAGCUGCUGGGUAGGACCCAGGGGACAGACCUCAUUGGGCAGCACCUUCUUCUUUACACAACCAAAAGGUGUAAGGUAGCACUUAAGUUUUUCUCUCUUUUGAUCUCUGGACAAUGUUGUUUGUUUUAGGCCUGUUUCCCUAGCAAGAAAAAAAUGCUUCUGCUUAAAAAAAAAAAGUAGUUAUAUUAAACUGUCAUAUGUUGAUUUAGAGAGACACUGGCAUUUCAGGAAAAGGUGGCGUGUGAUGUGCUAUGCUUCUAGGUACCUAGCUGAAGGAGUCAGCCCCCAGGUCUUUAAGACCUCUGUAUCUGAGGAGUGUUAGAGUUCUAUCAUUUAGAGUUCAUGAUACAUAUUUAUAAGCUUCCUGCAAACUAGUAAGAGUACAUCCAUUUGGGCCAUUCCAAGUUCUUAUGAAUCUAUACCAUUAAUGUCUCUAUUAAUAAAUAUAGCCUAGAUGGACAUCUAAGGGCUGGGACCCUUUGCAAGCAGACUGCAUAGCAGCUUUUCAGUAACUAGCCUGUUCCCCCAGGAAGACUGCCUCUCCCAUCUCCGAAAGCAUGGACUGUGCCUUUCAGAUAUGAUGAUAAUGCCAGGUUGUGAGCUGAUGUAAAAUUAACGAAUGCAGAGGGUUGUUCCUGAACCAGGGCAAUGCGCUGGUUUGAGCCUUUCAGUUGCAUUAGAAACGUGUGCUGGCAGCCCCAGCGGUUUUGUUCUUGGUCCCACUGGGGUCAGGCUGGAGCUAUUCUAUGAAAUGGUGGUUGUCACAGAAAUAAGUACCUGGUGCCUGUCCUUUCAUGUGUUACACGUGACUUGCAGCAUGCUGUUCAUAACAUACCUCCUCCAGCUGAAGGGCUUUGCCGCCUCUGACUGCUUGCUUCUCCAGCCGUGGGAGUGUCAGCUCUCUCGGGCUAUUGUGCAGCCAUCAGGAAGGAGACUGUUCCUGGGGGCUUUUAAAGAGCUGAUAUGAUUCCCCCAUGGUAAAUUGGUUGUCCCUUUCUCCAGUCCAGCUUAUUUGCAGCCUGGAGCUAGCAACAUAGUUUUGCUUUUGCUAAUAGAUGGUGGGAAUGGUUUUUGUUUCCUCUCUGGGUGUGCCAGGGACUGUAGUACCAUGUCCCUCUCUUCUAGGAGAGGGCAGGGGAGCACAUCAUCUGAUUGUCAUGUUUACAGGGUGGGUUGUUUGGGUUCCCCCCCCCCUCCUUUCAAAAGCGGAUGUUUUGUUGUUUCCUGUUCAGAAGGAACCAUGAAUAAAUCCAACUUAUUUUUGAGGGGGGAUGGGAUGCCAUUUUUUUAAAUGUGGCUUUGAAUAAAAAGGUUUUUUAAAUAUUUUGUAAAAUGUCUUCAGUGGGGCCACCACUAUGAUGUAAAGACCCUUCUAAUAAAGUAACAGACUGAGAA